ACAGGAUAGGACGGCGUGCUGUCUUAUUUUGAGCCCGGUUGCUGUGAGUUUGUUUGUGUAACGUUUUGAAGGGGGAGCUCUCGUCUCUCACACACACACACACACACCGAUGUGACGUCGACUGCGCCGCGUCCGGUUCCUAUGGUUGUUCCUGGGAAAAUUAUGUAGUGAUUCGUGAUCCAAGCUGCUCAGUAGGAGUAAGUAGUAAAAAAAAAAAAAAAAAAAAUGUGUGCAAGUGGCGGUCGGAAAUGCUUGUCAGGGGUGGAUGAGAGGAAAGAAAAAAGGGGGAGGCACCUGUGAGACGAGGCAGGUCGGUCAGCCUACCACGGUAUCAAGUUUACGUUAAUCACGGCAAGGUACACUUUCAGACAUAUUCGUGAAGCGGAGGAGUUCUCAUCAGAUCAGAUCCAAAUAAUGACUACGUGUUGUUGUCAAGGUGAGCUGUGACUGCCCCCUUCCUUGUCUCUCCGUGCACCUGCAUGAACCGUGGGCAGCUCGACCUGUCGCAGAGACUGUGCUGCACUAGGAGAACCCAUGGCUUCUGGCCCUCAGUCUUCCUCUCUAGACCACAGGCUCAGGCUGCUUGAGUUGCUACUUGGGCCUCUGUUGGUCUUGUUGAUUUCUGGGCUGGUACCAGCACAAGGACAGAAAGUCUACACCAACGCAUGGGCUGUCCACAUACCUGGAGGUCAGGAGGAAGCUGAUCGUAUUGCCAGUAAACAUGGGUUCAUCAACUUUGGACAUGCUUUUGGUGAUUAUUAUCACUUUCGACAUCGUACAGUGUUUAAGAGAUCGCUGUCGGAACACAGGGGAACACAAGUCCGUCUGGAACAAGACCCCAAGGUAACUUGGGCGGAACAACAGGUGUCAAAGCGGAGGAAAAAGAGGGACGUCUAUGUGGAACCUUUGGAUCCUAAGUUCAGAGACCAGUGGUACCUGUAUAACAGCAACCACCGUGACCUGAAUGCCAAAUCUGCGUGGCAGUUGGGCUACACAGGUAAAGGGGUGGUGGUGUCCAUCCUGGAUGAUGGGAUAGAGAAGAACCACCCGGACCUGAGCCAGAACUAUGACGAGAAUGCCAGCUAUGAUGUGAACGAUGGCGACCCAGAUCCACAGCCUCGAUACACGCAGCUCAAUGACAACAGGCAUGGGACAAGAUGUGCAGGAGAAGUUGCUGCGGUGGCCAACAAUGGAUUCUGUGGAGUCGGCGUUGCCUACAAUGCCAAGAUUGGAGGUGUGCGCAUGCUGGAUGGUGAGGUGACUGACAUGGUGGAGGCCCAGUCUCUCAGUCUGAAUCCCCAGCACAUCGACGUCUACAGCGCCAGUUGGGGCCCGGAGGACGACGGCAAAACUGUGGAUGGACCUGCCAAACUUGCCAAAGAAGCCUUUCUGCAUGGAGUUACAGAGGGUCGUGGUGGUUUGGGCUCUAUCUUUGUGUGGGCCUCUGGUAACGGAGGGAGGGAGAAGGACAGCUGUAAUUGCGAUGGCUACACCAACAGUAUCUACACCCUGUCCAUCAGCAGCUCCACCCAGAAUGGGAAUGUCCCCUGGUACAGCGAGGCCUGCUCCUCCACCCUGGCCACCACCUACAGCUCGGGGAACCUCAACGAGAAGCAGAUAGUGACUACAGACCUCAAAUCAAAAUGCACAGACUCCCACACAGGCACCUCUGCCUCUGCCCCGCUGGCUGCUGGGAUCAUCGCUCUCGCCCUCGAGGCCAAUAAGAACCUCACCUGGAGGGACAUGCAGCAUCUGGUUGUGCGAACGUCUCACCCUGCCCACCUGCUCACCAACGACUGGAGGACCAAUGGGGUUGGCCGCAAAGUUAGUCACUCAUAUGGAUACGGUCUACUUGAUGCCAGUGCAAUUGUGUCUCUUGCAAGCACGUGGACCAGUGUGGGACUACAGCGGAAAUGUGUGAUCACCAUGGUCUGUGACCCAAGGAACAUCGGCAACCAUUUAUCCAUAAACAAGAGUGUGGAUGCCUGCUUUGGAACAGACAGUCAUGUGACCUCACUAGAGCACGUCCAAGCUCGCCUCACCCUUUCCUACAACCGCAGAGGAAACCUAGCGAUCCACCUCAUUAGUCCAGCAGGCACACGCUCCACGCUGCUCCACCCCAGACCUCAUGACUACUCCUCAGAGGGGUUUAAUGACUGGGCAUUCAUGACCACCCACUCCUGGGACGAGAACCCAACUGGGGUGUGGACACUGGAGAUCGAGAAUGUGGCCGGCGCCAGUGACUACGGCACUUUGACCCAGUUCAUCCUGGUGCUGUACGGCACCGGCUCAGCGUCCUCCAGCUCCUCUGAGAAGGCUCAGCCUGGUGACGGCAGCUGUAAGACCUUGGACCUGAGGCAGAUUUGUAUCGAGUGCAACACGGGCUACUACCUCUUUCAGCAGGGCUGUGUGAAAGAAUGUCCUGCAGGUUUCUCUGUGGGCUCGCACCCUCUCAACUACAUUGUGGGAAACUCCAUAGCACCGGCUUCCGUCCCCACUUGCCUGCCCUGCCUGUCGCCCUGCCUCACCUGCAGCAGCCUCAGCAGUCAGGCCUGCCUGUCCUGCCCCCCUCACAGCUCACUGAACCCCAUUUCUGGAACCUGCAUGCACCAAAACCAGUUCAUGCGUGAGUCCCCCGGUAGCUUCAUGGUCGGCCAGGGGGACCCCAAAUCGCAGCUCCAACUAAGCUCCCGGUUGCCCAUCACAAUCGCCGUGCUCAGCUGCAUGGCCAUCAUGGCCACCUUUGCUGGCAUCUUCCUGCUGCUGCAGCUGCGCUCCGGUGCGAUCAUCAAGCUGCCCUCCCUGGAGGCCGGUGGCGGCUUAGGGGGCAGCUUCAGCCUUGGGGGUAAUAGGGUGGUGUCGUACCGUGGAAUACCAACAGUGUGGGGGGAUGACGGGGUAAACACAGACUCCGAAAACGAAGAGUCUGAUGUCCACAACGAGAGGACUGCCUUUAUCAAAACACAAAGUGCUCUUUAAUGCCUCCCAACACAUCCCUCCCACAUCCCACUUUAAAACACCCCCCUUGGUGUCUUCAGUCACAGUCUUCUCUGGUUUUAUCUCUCUUUCUUUUUCACUUAUGUCUCUGUCUUACUGGAAUUUCUUUGAGUCCUAUUCAGGACCUCGUCAUCCACUCUGCGGUGAGAGACUGUGGCUUGAAGCAGCUGUCUCUCAGAGUUGGAGGGAUGGCCCCAGCUUUGCUCUGUUCACACUUGGGCGCACUUCUAUUAAACUGGCUCUCUCCCUCCUCUUGCCCUCAAUCACUAACAGUGUCCAUCUGUGCGGAGUCCAUUUUCCCCUCCAGCUCUGUCUCCUAUUUUGUUACUGUAAACAACUGAUUAUGGUUUGCUUUCUUUCUCUUGAUUCCUCUUUCCAUCAGUCUGUGCAGUAGCCAGAUGAGAUUGUUGAAUGAGUGCGUGUGUCUGAGCGAGCAUGACUGUGUAAAUCUGAUGCAGUGUAGUGCCCUUUUUAAAGAAGCUAAAGCCGGUCCUGUCACAUUUACUACCGAAGUGAUAACACAAACUUGUAAUAUGAGGCAGUAAAUCGGAUUAGGAGAGACUGAUUCUCUCAGAAGUGUUGUUUAAUGGCAUCAACGUCUAAAAUCUGUCCAGAAAAGCUCCACUGAGCUGAGCAAUUUAGAAAAAUUCACAAAUCAAAAGCAUUACAGUUGUCAGACUCUAAUGAUUUCUAAUAAUGUGUCACCAAAACAGUCUGAGAGCUUUCUGAAUAUCUGACCUCUUUCUUUUUUAAGAUGAGAUGUUUCAUAUUUACCUAAAAACUAAAAUCCAUCUCUCACUAAGUCUUUCACAGAUCCAUGUAGUUAUUCAUCUCGGUGUGAUUGGGGGCUUCAGUUCUCUGUUUGUUCACACUAUCUGCACAGAUCUCUUUGCUCUGGCCAAACAAAUGUUGGAGUCACACAUCCAGCAAAGCUUCCUUCUUCCUUUUGGGAUUCCAGAUGAUCUACUCUCAGAAAUGAUAAACUCUUCUGCACUCGUAACUUCCGAGCUGUCACAGGAGGGUAUCUAAAAAUCUGAUACAUUUUAAAAAAAAUAAAAUAAAGGCUACUCCAUCAACCCUGAGGCACAAUCCCUUCCAGGGAUAUUUAAGGAGAGAAAGUUGAGGAGCUGAUAGAACAAGUUGUGACUGAGGAGAACAAGACAUUCAACUUAAAGAAGCUGUGCAGACACUUUAACAACAAAUCGAGGCUUCCUUUUUUUUGUCAGACAAAUUAGCAUUACAGGAACUCAUUACACAAGCCUCAUAUUAUAUAACAAUUAAUGAAUGUGUGUGUGUGUGUGUGUGUGUGUGUGUGUGUGUGUGUGUGCAGGUUUGUUAGUGCAUAUGAAACCAGAAAUCCACAUCUGCCCUCUAAAGUGAAGGUUUCCUCUCCUCCUUCAUCUCUUUCACAAAUCUUAAAUACACUUAAAAAAUGCUGCAUUGAGACCCCACUCUCUUUAGUGUCUCUGUACUUACCCUCCAGUCUUCUUCUAAUCUGAAUUUCAGAUUAUGUUUUGAGCGUACUCUGCAAUUAAUUAUAUUCAGACCGAAAGUGCAGAAACUAUUUAUUCAGAGAGAUUUGAAUCAUACCUUCAGGGGAGAUUGUUUUAAAGUGAUUUUUCUCCUAAGCUGGUUAUUGUCUAAAAUAUGCAUCUCGUGAUUCAAUCCAGAGUAGAUAUUUUCAAUCCAUUGAGCUCACUUUUUUUUUUUUAUAUAACUUGCAUUGAUUUUUCAUUUUGAUUUUUCGUUUCGUUUCCAGUAGUAAAACAAUGGAGCUUGCUGAGAGAGGUUGUCAUGGUGAUGGCGUGCAUACAAAACUGCAGCUGCUCAUCCUUUUAUCUACCUCUCAUAUCAUUCAGCAAGGGUUAAUGUGCUGUAAUAGGAGCUGUUAUAUAAUUAUUGAGGGCAUAUUAUAUGUAGGUCGCUUAUGGAAUCAUGUUUCCUGAAUGAUUUAGGAGAAUCUACAUGUGAUUGAGUCAAACGUAUUUAGGAGCAUUUCUGAAACUGUAAUGCUGCUGUGUAAAUCCUCGUGUCCUGAAUCCCCAUCUCCCCUGGAAUUGAUUUUCUUUAGGAUCAGCAUCAAUGGGCUGUCACACCUGGGCUCUAAAAACCUGUUGUUGAAAAUAAGAUGGGUGAAAGGAUCUUUUAUAGCUCUUGUUGAGUGCUAAAUCAACUCAGUUCCUACCCAGAGUUCGCUCAUUGACUAAGAUCUUUUUGUUCUUAAGUUUGACAAUCAAAAGAUAACCUUACAUUGACGCUGAGAAAUGUUCAUCAGAACACAAAAAACUAUUUUACUACUUUUGGUAGAAAGCCUUCUCAGAAGGUGCUUUUAUCUGAAAUAUGCAGAACUGAAUGUGAUGCCAAUUGCUAAACAACGAAAGAGAAAGCUAGAGAAAAAAUGAAAAGAAAUAAAACAGAACAGAAAAAAUAGAGUUUCUAUCUUAGUCCUGCCAAUAUCCUCUUUAAAAUAAUGGAGAAGGUUUUCUAUGAAAUGCUCUCAAUCACAGCACUGAGACAGGAAGCUUGAUUCGUCUCAGACGGCCAGUACAGGUGAAGCAAAUUUGGCUCAUCACGGCAGUUUCAGCCAGGAAGAACUAAAGCGUUUUGAAAACCCAGCUGAAAACGAGGAUUUUAUAGAAAGUGCCCUCUGAAGAAGUGAAGCUAAUGUGGCUGCAGAAUAAUGAGUGUGUGCUGCACAACUCGGUGUGAUGUACAUUAGUGCCUACUGCCAUUUAGGCUCUUAUUAGCCCCAGUUUAAGGAGGAUGCUAAUCUAAAAAAUGUAAUAACUUGAGCCACAGACUCUGUAUCGACUUCCCAGCGUGUUGUGUAAACAAUGGAUUAUGGGCUAAUGUGGCACCAAAAUCGCUUCCAUUAACUUCAAUUCUGGAUGCUCAGUUAGCUUUUUUUAAUCAGAACUGUAAUGUGGGACUCUCUCUGAUGUAUUUAUGAGUAUAGUCAUGUCUGUAUUUUCAGUUGUCCAUUUUUACUUCCAGAAGAUUUGUACUGCUUCAUGAAAGACUAUAGCUGCCCCUAAAAUGAAACAUUUUGGGGUGUUUAUUCAACUCUCUUCUGCCCUCUAGGGCACACACAAAAUGAUUUAUUCAUUUUGUCUUCAUGUCUCAUCCACUACAGCCUGAAAACUCAAAAGUUUAACCUGAUUAACUCAGAGCUUUGUGCAUUCAAGUCUUUAACUUUUAAGAGAGGCGUGAAUGUGGAAAGCAUUAAGCAGCUGCUGAAAAACCAUUCGCAGCGAGCUCACUCUUUCACUGCAAAGAUGUGAUGGAAACCACACACUAAAAAAAGAGGUUCUCUAAUUAUGCCAGACAGCAGCACACUAUGAAAACUCUACCACUCAACUGGCACCAAAAUGUGAAGCCUCCUCAUGAAAGUAACAACAACGUUGCUAUAAAAUAAUCUGCAAAUCCAAAUUGUCUCCUCUCAUGGAUAAAGAUAAGAGUCGCUCAUGGGGAGGAUGAAGGUUUUUUUCUAUCCAGCUGAAAUAUUUAAAGCUCCAUUUUGCUUCAUUCCUGCCUUAGGAUGUAGUCAAAAGUGAUCAAUAUGAAGUCAGAUGGAGUAAAUAGGAGCAAUAUCUUUGGCAUAACCAAAGACAAUCAUUUGAAUGCUGUCUGUUUAGCGUCAUGACGUGUUGCGUUCAGGUUUUCACAGUCCAUCGAUCCCUUCACUUGUGUUCAAAGUGUUUUGUUGAUAUGAUUCUGUCAUCUCUGCCUUUUUUGGAAGACCUGCAGCGACAGCCUGUAUGUUCAGCAGCUGUGGAGGGGGGAGGUAGAAUGUAUCCCAUCCCCAUUAACUUAAGGGCUGAAUCAGAUGUGCGUGUGUGUACGUGCUUGUUUUAGUAGAAAUGAAACACUUUGUGAAGGUGUUUGGGGCGUGGUCGGUCAGAGUAUUGACCUCCUCCUGCCUCUUGUUGCAGUUUCUGGCUUGUGGCUGCACACAGUACCUUACAGAUUUGUGACCUAUGAAUAAUGUACAAGAAUGACUAUCUAACACGGGACAAAACUCUAAAAUAAGGCCUAUUUUUGUACUAUAUGACUGGUGCAGUGUAAUUUCUUGUAAUUUAAAGAUUUUUUUGCUCUUGGUUUUUUUUUCUCCUUUUUAUUUAAUUGAUGUCAAUUAUAGAUUCUACUAAAAAUAAAGAUCUAUGCAAAUUUAAA